AUGAAUUCUGACGAUGAUGUAGUGAUUGUGUCGGCCCUAAGGACACCAAUGUGCCGAUCUCGGAAGGGGGCUCUGGCCAAGGUCUUCCCUCAUACUCUUCUGCAGACAGUGUUGGAAGCCACUGUUUCGAGGACGAACAAUAAGCUGUCGGCGAAUGAGAUUGAGGAUAUUUGCGUUGGGAACGUCUUGAUGCCUCCUUCCGGCUUUGCGGCAAUGAGAAUGGCUCAAAUCACAGCUGGCAUUCCGGAAACUGUAUCUCUUCACUCGGUCAACCGUCAGUGUGCCUCUGGGUUAGAGGCCGUCGCUCAGAUUGCUAGCGCCAUUGCAACGAAGCAAAUUGAUAUUGGUGUUGGAGCCGGGGUGGAGAGUAUGUCUACCUACCCCAUGAACAAGAUGAAGCCACCGGAAAUGGAUUGGUCAGCAGUGCAAGACAACACCACUGCGAUGGACUGCCUCGUUCCCAUGGGUAUCACUUCCGAAAAUGUGGUCAAGAAAUACGGCCUCAGUCGCCGUCCUUUGGACGAGUUUUCCGCUUUGUCUCAUCAAAAGGCAGCCCGCGCCCAGCAGACUGGAAAAUUCAAUGCCGAAAUUGUACCCGUGGGAUCCGUCUCCAAGGACGAUGGAAUUCGCCCAGGAACAACCGUGGAACGCUUGAGCAAGCUGAAACCGGUGUUUGACGAGAAUGGAGUCACCACGGCUGGAAACUCCUCACAGACCACCGACGGCGCCGCAGCGGUUCUGCUGACGACACGCAAGGAGGCCAAGAGUCGAGGUCUUCCCAUUCUUGGAAUUUGGAGGGGAUACGCAACAAAAGGAGUCCCCCCUCGUAUCAUGGGGGUUGGCCCCGCUUAUGCCAUUCCUGCUGUGUUAGAAAAGACAGGUCUCUCUGUGGAUGACAUUGAUGUGUUUGAAAUCAACGAGGCGUUUGCGUCCCAAGCUACUUGGAGUAUUGAAAAAUUGGGUAUCCCGGCGGAGAAGGUAAACCCCAAUGGAGGAGCCAUUGCUCUGGGCCACCCGCUUGGCUGCACUGGAGCUCGUAUGGUGGCAACAUUGCUCCAUGAAAUGCACCGAAGCAAGAAGCGUUUUGGUGUCAUCUCAAUGUGCAUAGGAACUGGAAUGGGAGCUGCAGCCGUUUUGGAAGUGGAGCCAUCGUCUCGGCUUUGA